UUACGCUGUUGGAUCGUGCAUUAGUAUAAAGGGGUUUUGAAAUCGGCAGAGGCCUUCAGUCGAUCGCCCGACCCGCCCGAAGAAAUCGUGAGCCGUCACAAUCGGGAAACGCACGUCAAGCUAUCAUGAAGCUGCUGGAUUACUGCCUGCUUGUCUGCCUCUUCGCCAUGAGAGUGCAGCCCAAACCGCAAAUAACGAAGCUGUUCCCGGUGGAGGAACUGUUAGCGUAUCAACAGCAAGCAAACAACAUUACGAGGCCUUUGGUAGACAGGUUUCUGAGGAAACUACGCACCACUUACGACCUCGUUUUCCAUCAACCCGACAACACCAGUCACGUGGAGAAGAUCCUGACGAAGAGUGUGCCUGGCCCCGACCUGCGAACUCUUAGAUUGUUCUGGGCCAAUCAGAUCAAACAGGAUAACUACACGGAUCUCAAGUAUCCUAACGACACGUUCCUAGACCACGUGAAGUCGCUGUUGGUCCCGAAAGAUCACGAGAACAAUAGGAACGCGAGCGGUCUCCAGAAGGAUUCGUCCCUCGAAACAAAAUCGACGAUCAAAGCGAGCGGGACGAGCGGGAGUCACGCGAGCUCCAACCGGACGAGAACACUGCUCAACAAUCGAUUGAACGACGUACAGUCCUUAGGACUGUUGGAGCUGCAAAAUGAAGAAGUGCCGUACGCGAAAUCGGAGGUUGAGAUUGUGACGCCGGUAACGACCAUAAAACUUUCGACAACGGUGGGUCAGCAUCUGAUCGACUGGCUUGGCUCCAUUUUCGGUCUCACUUAUAGUAUUUACGCGAAAUUAUCGGCCGGUGCCUGCAGCAACAAGACGACGCACUGAUAGCGCCAACGAUCGCGCGAGAAAUGGUGAGGCGAUAAUUAUCAUCAUCUUAUGCAUCUUCGAAAAAUAAAAAUAUUUUAUUAACCGCUAAGAUGAAGAUGAGAGAAAAAUUUACACUUAUAGAAGGUGUUAGAAGUAGAUCACCAGUGGCAUCAAUAUAUGAAAAAAAGUUUGAUGGAAUUUUUACGAUUAUUUCUGGUUCUAAUGAAACUAAA